AUGGAUGAUGACUACUACUCCAUCGAGUCCAUCCUUGCGGAGAACCAGAAGAUCCAGUGCACCUUCAAGGUCGACGUCCCAGAUAUGGGUCAUCUGGAUGGCGGAAAGACUGGUGACAUUAAAGCUCUGAGCAAAGUCCAAAUACCACUGUGGAUGGCAUACAUUCUCAUCUACUCAGAUUACGCGGAUUUUACCCUGCCUCAGUCCUUCUCUGCCCGCGUACGAAACGCGUUGAAUGCGGAGCCGCGGAGCGUUCGCCUAUCCUUGCUUGUUGGCCAGGGAGGUCCUUGGUAUGGCUUCGGACGAAUGGUCGCGAAACUAUUGGACGACGAGCCGGCCGAAACGCUGUCUAAAGUCUUGACCGAUACCUUCCGCGCACGUCUCCCAGAAGUGAUCGACCAAGCCCAACAUUUCGCUUCCAUCCAGGCCGGAGGAGGCUCGCGCGGCGGUGACGCGGACAUUGCGGCUUUCCGAGAAGGGAUGGACGUCACCGAGCGGGAACUCUUCCAGCUGGCGCAGGAUAGUGCGAGGCGGACGAAGGUGUGGUAUGAGACCAGCGAGCGAGGUCGUCGAUGA